AUGGCUUCGAAAGGAAAAGAGACUGAAACCUCAUCUGCACUAAGAUGUAGGAAUAAUCAAACAAAGAAGACAGAAACACUUCGAGAGAUACACAAGUUAGCCGUGCAAAUCCAAGCCCUGGAGGGUGAAAAAGGCACACAUAUUUACAGUAAACGAAAUGAUUUUUAUGCUGACUUCAGACAGCUGGAAGAAACCGAUAGCAAACAGACAUCUGAGAGAAAAACAGAAGGUAUCAAACUGAGGCAACAGCUUGAUAAGAUAAGCCACAUGGUGAAGCGAUUUCAGAGAGAACUCAGGGAUGUGAAACCCACUCCAGAAUUUGUGACGAAGCUCAAAUCAAUUAUGGAGGAUAUUGAAUCUACUAUAAACACUUUCAAAGAACAGCAGCGUUCCAAGUAUGAAGAGUUGAUGAAAGAGGAACGAACGACAAGUCAGGAACUGCAUGCCCUGGAGAAGCGGUUUGAGUCGUGGAGUCAGGUUCCCGACCCUCCCACCUCAUCCAGAGUGGCCUCCUCCAGGCCUCCAGCCAGCGCUAGAGACGUCACCAAAGACCUCCCACCUGAAGUAGCACAGUUUGAGAAAUUUCUGCAGCAGAGUGGAGGAGUGAGGGGUGGAUGGGAUGAGUACGAUCACCAAACAUUCCUCAAGUUCCGCAGUCGAUACAAGGGGAAGAUCGUGUUUGUAGAUCACCUCAAGCCCGCACUACCUACACGGACUGAGGCUGAGAUCCGUGAACACGAGGUGUGGUACGAGGAGUAUCUCUUCCUCAACGAUGUAAAAAAGGACAGUAUCAAGAAGUGGAGAAUGCAGAAGGAGGAACACAAAGAUGAAGUGAUCAUUCGGGCUCAGGAGGAUGUAUCCAUGGCAAUGCAGUCACAUGACCCAUCGACACUUGACGAGCAAACUCAGGCAGAGAGGCAUGAAAAACUGGUCCAAUUAAACGCUUGGAAGGUUCAGAAAGAGUUGGAAAAGGCCCAGGAAUCUGAGCGUAAAUUACGAGAAGAACUCAACCUAAAAAGGAAGAAAGAAGAAGACAGAAAGAGACAGCUUGCAAUAAAGGCCCAAGUUGAAGAGAACCGGAGACAGAGAGAGGAGGAGGAAGAGUUUCUCAGGCGACAGAAGGAAAUGUGGGAAGAAGAAGAAACUGAAAGAAAGCGACAGAUUUCUGCGAGAGAGAUCGCAAAGUUUAGAGAAAGGGAUCUAAAUGCAGUACAUCAAAAAGUUCAAAAGGAAAAAGAACAAAAGGAACUUGAAAGGGAAAAAGAAAGACGGCUGGAAAGAAUAAAACAGCAAGUUGAAGCUGGUGUGACGAGAGAUCCCAGUCGAUUGAUUAAACCAACGCAGGGAUGGAAACAGAGACUUAAAGAAAUUGGACCAAGUGGGUCGGGGCCAGUCUUACAGAUUCCUCACAGGGCCGUACCAUCAUGGCGACAAGGCAUGCACUGACCGUGUUGAAAGAGAAAUAUUUGUACUUAAAAUAAUCCGUCCAGAAGCCGUCCGUGGUGCUGAAGACAUUUUUCUCUCAUUUUGUGUUCGAGCAGAAGGUAGACGACGCAGCUGUCAGGUACAUGUAAGCUGAUGUAUUAGACUGCAUUUAUCGAUGAAUGGACUUCACAUACGAUGGAUGGAUGAAUGUACACAUGUGUACAUGUUAAACGUCUUUAAAACAGCACUUCAGAAAUUGUCAUAGAAGACACGGAAUCAAAAAUAAAACCCCACCUUGCUGGUCUCACAGGUAGUUCACUUGGAUGUUGGUGGGGUUUUUUGGACAAAUAAAGCCAACUUACAUGUACUUACAUUGGUAGGUGUUUUUGUUAGGGGGUUUUCUUUUCGUAGGGGUUGUGUUUUGUUUAUUGUUGGUUGGGGAGGGUAGGGGUUUCUGUUUUAAUUUUUUUCAUUGGGGGUAUUGCGUAAAAAGUGUGUUCCUGUGGGCAUUUCUGGGACAGCCCAAAGUUUUGCUCCAUAUUUCUGUUGUUUCAGAAUUGUAUUUUCUAUUUGAGACUGUUUAAAUUAUAUGCCACAUGUAAUUAUUGUUAAUGACAUGCCUUUAUUUAUAAAUUUAUUUAUUUAUAAAAAAACUUGUUUAUUAUUUUGUUAAUUGUGAAUAAAAUAUUGAAAAGUAUUAUCCUGCUUUACAUGUUUGUUGUUUGUGAGAUUGAUGUUGUCGAGUACCCUGUAUGGGACCAUUCACAAAGUAUGUAUGCCAAACAUUCUAGCUUCAACGAUGAAGAUUGCUGGAUCCUCGGUAUGAAGUAGUUUAAGCCUCCACGAAUAGUGUCAAAUUUGAAGUGGACUGGGGGUGGGGAGUUACAUGUAAAAGCACUGGCCACUACACCAGCAUACAUGUAUGGGCAAUUCCACAGUGAUGGCGGCGAUUCAGGCAAUUGUUGAAUUUCAAACACCUGUACUUUGGUUACCGUAUAUCUUCGCCUGUAAG